UCUCUUCUUUAAUAUAUUAACCCACGUGUGUGCGUCAUACAUUGACUAAUGUUUGUGACUUGUGAGCUCUGUGUGUGUGAGUGUAGUGUUAAAAGCUCUUGAAGCGGUCUAUGUUUUAUUUGAGUUGGAGCGAGUUAGUUAAGAAGUAAGAUGACUACUUACAUGCCCAAAAUACAGAAAAGAAAAGCUGGGAGGAAGAAGUUCCAUGAAACGCGACACCCUACCUACAAAGGUGUGAAACAGAGAAACGGGAAGUGGGUGUGCGAGCUACGACAGCCUAACAACAAAAAAGCGCGUGUGUGGCUCGGAACAUUUUCUCACCCUGACAUGGCGGCGGUAGCCUAUGAUGUGGCCGCGUUGGCAUUCAAGGGGGACGCUGCUUCCUUGAACUUCCCUCACGCGGCCACGUCGUUUCCGCGACUCAACUCGCGCACGUGUUCCGUUAGGGCGAUUCAGUUCGCGGCCAUGGAAGCAGCGGAGAAGCACUUUUCUUGUAGGGACGACGUCAUGGAUGAGGGUGAGAUGAUUGAAAGGAGUGAUAAACGUGGCGGUUCUGAUGAGCUAUGUUUGGAGGUGGCAGGUUUGGGAGGAAAUGAUUCUGGAAGAUUGUAUUGGGAUGAAGAGGAGGUGUUCAACUUGCCUGGGUUGAUAAAUAGCAUGGCGGAAGGGUUGAUCAUCACGCCACCGGCGUUGGAGAGAGGCUUCAGUUGGGCUGGUGGGGAAACUACUGUGGACUUGACUCUCUGGGAAAACUGAUCUUUAAUUUGGUAAAGAUAUGCUAAACUCUCAAAAGGGAAAUUAAAGUUCAGUUGUAGUAUGUUACAAAAUUUAUACAUAUAGCUAGCUAGUUUCUGUUUAGUUAAUGACAAAUUUAGAAAUUAAAUAGUGAUUUUCUGUUUGGUUGUCACAUUUUUGUUCACCAGAUAUGACUUUGGUGAUGUUUUUGAAGAAGUUACUAUGAUCAUAUAUAUAGAGUGAUUUCA